CAGCAUCAGCGGCAGCAGCAGCAAUCGUGAAGACCGUCUAGUCAGGUACGGACGUGUGGCGUGCGCAUGCCGAACGCAAGCAAACCCCCGCUAGAACGUGUGCGGUACUGUGAAUUUGCUUUGGAUUGUUGUUUUUUUUUUGUUUUGACUGCUGGGAAGACAACCUCGCGAGGGGCCGUUCGAUGAAAAAGGGACAGUGAAUCCGUGUUUCGUGCAGCUGUUUGCUUUCAGCGUGUGCAGUGGCACCGGCACGCCACGCUACGGCCGAACGGGCGCAGGUUGGUCCACGCUCGGAUGGUCGGCUCGGUUGCAACGUGAUCAUCCUGCCAGACACAAUUCGAACUCUGGUGGCUACCGGACCGCCCCAGCAGCAGUAGCAGCAUGCUUGGCUCCCCGGUCGAAGUGCGGUACGACAAUGGUGAUUCGGUGGUGCUAAUCCAGGCGGACAGUGGUGGUCCGGCCCGCAGUUCGACCGGCGGCGGUUCGACGGCCAACCAGCCGAAUGCGUCCCGAAGCCCCGGCGAGGAACGUCUAGCCCGGAACGGGCAGGCUGGCGAGAGCGGUGGUAGUGUCGGUGGUGCGGGUGGUGCUGGUGGUAGUGGCGGCGGCGGCGGAGGCGUUGGAGUUGGAGCAGCUGGUAGCCCCGGAUCGGGUGAGUCGCGGCACAUCAUCAUCCACGAUCGGCCACGAGCGUCCGGUGGUGGCGGUUCCAUCACCAUCCUGACGCCCACGAACAACCUUAAGAUCAGCAUCAACAAGAAGCGCCGUUACCCUGGCCGGCCGCACGAGUACCAGAGCGCCAAGCGGGCGCUCACGCACAACCUGCGGCACAAGCUCGGCGAGCUGGACAAGCUGCUGAAAGCGUGCGACAACGAGGACGACGACGACGACGACGAGGAUGAGGACGAGGACGAGGACGAGGACGACAUGAUGCAGGAGGGCGAUGUGCACGUCCGUGCGCCAGCAGCAAACGGGACGGGUAAGAGGUCACCCGCAGCAGCCAAUACUUCCUCUGCCGUCCCUCCUUCUCCUUCGCCUCCUCCUGCGUUUUCGCUUCUGGCGAGGACAGAUGCGGCCCGGCCGCUGCCGUCGGUAAAGUCCUGCCAUCCCUCCACGACGGCGAAGAAGGUGGAGCAGGCGUGCCAGAUCGUCUCCGCCACCAGCACAAGCAACGGUGCGGAUAGCGGCGACGGCAGCAGUGAUGCCCGCGAAGAGGAAUCGGUGGAGAUUGACCACCUGAGACCGUGCGAGGACGUGCUGGUGCGGAUCUCGAACAACGAUCAGUAUUACCUCGGCACAGUCAUCGAGUUCGAGCCGAAGCGCAGCUGUCUGGUGCGGUUCGAGGACCAAACCACGGUGCGGGUCGAGCUGUCGCGCAUUACGCGCAUGGCCGGCAACGGGGUGCGGAAGCCGCACGCGGCCAGCCCCAGGCAACCGUCCUCCUGCCCGCGCUCGGUUGAUCAGGCGGUACAGGUGGACCGGGAGGAACGGCACGACAAGGCGGAGCUGCAGCGGCUAGAACACGUGGAGCAGGUAGAGCGGACGAAACGGGAGAAGCAGUUAGAGCACGUGGACCAGAAGCUGCAGGAGGAGUUUUUGGAGGAAUACUUAGAGCAGGAGGAGCCGGAGCGACCAGCAGCGAAUGGGAAAUGCUCGGGCGAACGGGACCAACAGGAGAAGCUCGUGGAUCACGUCGAGCGUGCGGAACGGGCGGAGGAGAAGGAGCUGGAAGAAGAGUGUGUUUCGCUUACGAACGAGCACGCACCCAACAGCCUAGCAGCACUAUCCCCAGCACCAUCAGCGCAACCGUCGCCUCCAUUUCGUUCGAUCGUCAUUCCAGAUGAGUUUUCGCCGCUAACCAGCGCCAGCCAGCUGCCGUACAGCCUGCACUCCCUGCACUGGGACAGCGAGCAUCGGGUGAACGCGGAACGGCACUACUGCUACUGCGGUGCGGACGGCGAGUGGACGCGCGAAAUGAUCCAGUGCCGGCGCUGCGAACAGUGGUUCCACGGGCGGUGCGUGCGCAGCCUGCAGUUUCCCAUCCUGCUGGGCGACACGUUCUACCUGUUCAUCUGCUCGAUCUGCAACCACGGGCACGAGUUCGUCCGGCGGUUCGAGCUGGGCACGGUGAACCUCGUGCACCUCGCGCUGUACAAUCUGAUCAUGCGGAACGGCUGCCGGCUGUACGAUCUGCGGCUCGCCAUCGUGCCGUACAUCGAGGACAAUCUGCGCGCGCUACAGCUGCCGGGAUCGGCCCUGAAGCUAACCACGAGUGAGCGGAUCGAUCUGCUGCAGCUGACGCUCCGGUACAACACGGACCGGUUCCUGAACGGUCGGGAAGUGUCCCAGCCGGCCAACCUGUGGACGCUGCGGAAAGCGCUGCCCCCGCCGAUGAAGGCCACCACCAUACCGCUCGGCGCAGAGGAGACCGUCACCGAGCACCUGUUGCGGAUGCUGCCCACGUGCUUGCAAGUGCCUUGCUUUCUGCCCCGCACCAACCACGAGAAGAACUACUUCAUGGAUGCAGCAACCCGAGAGCGGAUGCUGGGUUUAAACUACGCCGAGCGGCCGACAUCGUUCGAGGAUCCGCGUAUCAACUUUGCCGACCUGAUCGCGCCCCCGGCGGUCCUCCACGCUUCAGCGAGUCCCGACGCCACGGACGCCAAGUCUGCCGGCACCGUCGCCUGCACCGCAGUCGCUGCUACUAGCGCGUCACAACCCCUAUCAACCGCCGGUGCGAGGGUACCGGACGCAUCGCUUGCCUCAAACUCAUCCCCAACCUCCGGUGCGGUGCCGUUCAAUGCCACCAACGGUGCACGGUUGAUCGGUGCCCGGAAGCGCAAACAGCGGGGCAUUCGGUUCAUCUCGCCCGUGCUGUUGCCGAUGCGCGACCGACUCGAGUCGCUGUUUCCGCCGCGGGCCAAUUUCGACGGUGCGAACAAUCCUUUCUACCGACUGGACCCGCCUGUGCCGUACGGGCUGGGGAGGAUCCGGGGCGGGCGAAAGGGUUCCGUGAAGCGCCGCACCGUCGACGGGCACCGGCAAGGGCCGGCCAUGAAGCGGCAGCAGACGGCAGAAUUCUUGCACAAGCGGGCGGGCGCAGCGCCGACAGCAGCGGCUUCCCACCUGUCGCGCCGAGCUUCCACCGGCGGCCAGCUGCAGAAAAUCGACGAAAACUCCGUGCUGAGCGAGCUGUCGGUGCAGAAUGUGCAGCGACAUAACAACGCACACAGCACGAGCGGGCCCAGCAGCGGCAGUGCCGUCUCCGGGCGCCGGCCGCGCAGCUCCCACACGUAUUCCACUUCCUCGACCGGCAGCGAGCAGGUUGGAGCCGUCGGCGGUGGCAGUGGCAGCGUGGCAUCCGACACCUCCGCCACGGAGGACCACAAACCGAUGGCGAGCGGGCGCCGAUCGUCCGGGCGGCUGGUGGCGCUGGCCAGCAAAAACUACAGCGACACGAAGCGCCACAAGCGGCGCCGCAACUCGGACACCGCCAUCUUGGCCGGCGAGCUGAUCGGCUCGAACGGAACUGCGGAAGAGCAGAAUGCAGGCCGGACGGGGGCAGCGGGUGGUGGCGGUAGUGGGGGCUAUUACUCAAGCACGAGCAACAGCUCCUGCAUGGUGAGCGGCGUUUACUGGGAUCCGACGGCCGUACGGGAACCGGUGCAAACACGCAACAGAACAUCCCGCCCCAUGUUUGCCGUGGUCGGCAAGCGCGUACUUCCCAAUGGAAAACAGGAGCUGCUCUGGGAAGAGCAGUGAGCCUGAGAACGCCAAAAUUUGACGAUCCAUUGUUUACCAUCCGGUCCGUUCCUGUUGCACUCAUCGCUCAUUCGUCACCGCCGGUACGGUAUUUUCGCCAGGAUAUUUUUUUGUUGUUGGUUGCAGCUUCACUUUAAUGCAUUGUUAAGGUUUUUUGUUCGUUUUGUGGUCAAUGAUGAUCAUCCAAAUGGGGUUUUAUGUAUGGCUCGCGUUAUAUUGAACUUGUUGAAUGAAUUAAGCUGUUCAAGUUCGAGUGUGUCUCAUGAGAACACCCCGAGAAAGUACAAACGGAACACUCAAACACAGAACAGGACACUUAUACUUAUGCGCUGGGAGCCGGGUUCGAGCUGAAAAUUCAUACAAUAAUUGUUGAAAUUUCCGUUCGACACCAUUUAUUUCAUGAAUUUAAUUUAUUGCAAGAUUUCAAUGUGGGCCCUAACGACCCAAGAUUAUAGUUCCUUACGUGGCAGCAAGAAAAAAAAGGAAGAACAUUCAGCCAGAGGGGCCAACCCGAAGAAGCUACGAACGAGUCAACAAGUUUCAAAUAGUUCGCUUCGGUUCCGCCGAAUGCGACCGUCGCAUUACCAAGGCAAAGUUUAUGUAUUUAAUUUAUAUUUCAUUUAUUGCAACUGCUAGCGUUCAUCUCCUUGCAUUUAUAAUCGUACAUUAUUAUUUCAUGCUUUGUUCGUCUAUUAGACAAGAUCUCUAAUUUCGAAAUGAAUUGUAGAAAAAGCCCCAACAGGGGCAAAUUAACCUUUAGAAUUGUUUUGCUAAAAUGUGGUUCUACUCGGUCGUUGGUGACAUUGGUCACUAUUUGCCUUUUUUCGUUGGUCUAUUGCAAAAAAAAAAAUCCCACCGUAUUUGUUUAUUUAUCCCAACGCUUUGAAACGACCUCCUGCACUGAACUUUAUAAGUCUGUUAAUUGAAUUAAACCCCAAAACAAAUACAGAAUCCAAAACGAUUUACAAAACUUACACUUAUUUGCAAAACAAGCACGGCAAUUAGCGCAAAGGAAAAGCGAGCAAGCGCUGGAAGCUCACACUGCCCUGUCCUGCCAGUCUGUCAGCUGACAGUAGAAGCAGUAGAAAAUACUAGCCUAAGAGAGGGAAGGGAAGAGAACCUAUGGAACGCCAGAUGCUAAAGGCGAGUUGUAGGAAAGAUAGCUGGAAGAAGAUGCGUUUGCUCAGCACCGAUGUGCUUUUAUUUGAAGAAAAAAGGCAAUCGAACGAGUUCGGUGCCCCUGCAAACCCUUCUGCUGUUUGCAAGAUAGCAAGCUUACUUUAAUAGGAAUUAUGUAAUGAAUAGGCGCUGUAUUACUCAUCCUCGCCAAAACUCGGCACUCGGAAGGGGUGCCGCAGAACGCUCUAGAACAAUUUAACGUAAAAAGUGAGAGAGAGAAGGAGGAGGGGGGGGGGGUGAGGAGGUGAGGUUUUUUUUAUUCGAUUGUUUUUGUUUUCCUUAAGUUGUUGGUACUGUGUUAGAAGCUAUCGUCGUAACUUUUCACUGCCUCGCUAGGAUUAAUAUUAAACAAGAUACGAUGUCUCAACGGCGCUGCGGAGUCGUAGCAGCAAAAAAGAGAUAACGCUUAUGUGUCUAAUGCUUAGGCUAAUAUUUUCGCAAAGCGCUUACAGGAAAAUUGAAACAUUUUAUUCAGCAUAAGAGAAAGUUAGUUGACGAACAGCUAAUAGUCCGAGACGAACGCGAGAAAAAAAAACUCGCCUUA